AUGUCAUCAAGUGCAGUAAAGAGAGAAUCAAUCAAUGAAAAUGUUGCACUAAGAGAAAAUGUACAACAAUAUACCAAUGAGAUAGCUAAAUUGAAAAAUGAGACUUUAAAUCAAGAUCGACGAUUCUAUUAUGAAGAGACUAUAACUUUAAAAGAAGAGAAUGCAAGAUUACAAGCUACUAUUACAAGACUGGAGAUGGCAAAUGUAAAAUAUGAACAAAUCAUUGAUAAAUUCCAACAAUCAAAGAGCGAUCAGAUGGCAGCAGUUCAAUCGAUUCGAUCUAUGACAUCGGCGGAACAAGACAAAGAGUUUAUCACUAAAUUCUCAUUGCCAGAGGGCGAGUUUUCGAUUAUCGCUUAUUCAUGUACAAACGAUUCGUUCCUCUCGGGAAUGCUACACAUCACACCGUUCUACAUUUGUUUCGAACCGACUGGAUUGUUGGCACACAAAGAAUCGAUAUGGUCGAUACCCAUCAAAGAGAUCAAAUCACUCAAUAAGAUUAAAGCAAUCAAAUUCCUCCCUGGUAAAGGUACAUCGGUGGAGAUAUUAACGUCGGACGGGAAAAUGAGAUUAUUGAAAAACUUUCUACGGAGAAAAGAGUGUUUGAGAAAUAUUUACAAUCAAGGACAAACCAUUGGACACACCGUUGAAAUGUUAAGAGAGAAUCUUCCAGAUACCAAUCAACUUCCAAAGUGA